AUGGCCCAGCUCCGCCUCACCGACUUCUUCGGCCAGACAAAAGCGACCACCGGAGCUCCGGCCAAGCGCAGCGGCGGCCUCCGGCUCAAGGCCGCCCUCGCCGGUCCCCCGGUGCACCGGGAGGAGGAGGAUGGUGUCCCGGCGGGGCUCAGCGCCCGCUCGCUGCCGCUGCCCGGCUCGCCGCGCACCCCGGCCCGCGGGGGCUCCCCGGCCGUGCGGGGCCUGGCGGGCAGGAAGCGGAGCCGCCGGGACAUGGAAGCGGAGUCGCCGGCCGGGGCCCGGCUCGGGGAGCCGAGCGGGAAGUCGGCGCGGAAGAAGCUGGAGCUGCCCCGGGAUGCGGAGCCGGGGUCUCUGGGAGCGGACACCAGCUCCUCGCCUCUGGCCACUCCUCGACCCCCGACACCCCUGUCACGGGAGCCGGCCGUGUCCCCCCCGGCCACCACCACCAGCAGCGGCUCCCCCGGCCGUGGGCGGGACGCGGGGACAGAGCCCGGCCCGGCAGCCCCGGGCCCAGCCAGGCGCCUGCAGAGGGAGGACGUGGCCGAGCUGCAGGGCCGCCUGCAGAGGAUGAAGGAGCUGGGCCAGGUCCCCUCUGUCCCCAGCAGGACCAGCAGUGAGCUGCGGAGCCGCCUGCAGCGGGUGCGGCAGCUGGAGCUGCGGGUGCGGCAGAGGAGAGCGGGGAGCGGAGCCGGGGACAGCGGGGCGGCAGCUCCUGAGGGACACACCGGCGAGAAGCCCCCAGCGUACCAGCGGUUCCACACCCUGGCCCAGGACCUGCCCCCAGGGCUGACGCUGCCCUACAAGUUCAGGGUGCUGGCAGAGAUGUUCCGCAGCGUGGACACCAUCGCCGGGAUGCUCUUCAACCGCGCCGAGACCAUCACCUUCGCCAAGGUCAAGCAGGGCGUGCAGGACAUGAUGCGCAGGCAGUUCGAAGAGCAGCACCUGGGGCAGAUCAAGGCCGUGUAUCCUGGCUCGUACCGGCUGCGCCAGGAGAAGAACGUCCCCACCUUCGGCAGCGGCGGGAAGAAGUCUGAGUAUCAGCUCACACUGGAGCCGCUGCUGGGGGAAGAGGAGAAGGUGGAUGGGCGCCCACAUCUGUCGGCGUCACGGCUGCUGGAGCGCCGGAGGGAAUUCCACCGCAACCUGGUGAACAUCGUCAGGGAGCACCACAAGGCAUUCCUGGCUGCCCUCAGCCCUCCCAUGGUGGUGCCAGAGGAGAAGCUGACCCGGUGGCACCCCCGCUUCAACGUGGAUGAGGUGCCGGCCAUCAGCCCCGCGGAGCUGCCGCGGCCGCCGCAGGAGGACAGGCUGAGCACGGCCCAGGAGGUGCUGAGCACGGCCCAGGGGAUGCUGAGCCCCAAGAUGGAAAAAGCUCUUGCCAACCUGGCCCUAAGAACGGCCGGAGCCGGUGCGGGGGAACCGACGCUUUCCAAAAGCCCGGCUCCUGCCAGCACCUCCAGCGCGCUCAAAGGGGUGUCCCAGGGGCUGCUGGACCGGAUCCGGGCCAAGGAGGCGCGGCGGCUGCAGGCGCUGCUGACGCGGGACGUGCGGCAGGAGGAGCGGGCGGCGCGGCUGGCGCGGCUGCCGGCCAUGGCGCGCGUCCUGCGCGGCGUCUUCGUGGCCGAGAAGAAGCCGGCGCUCAGCAUGGAGCUGCUCUGUGCCCGCCUGGCCGACAGCUGCCCCGAGCUGGUGGCGCCCGGUGAGAUGGAGAAACACGUGCGGCUCUUGGCCGAGCUGCUGCCCGACUGGGUGGGCGUCCACGCCCUCAGGACGGACACCUACGUCAAGCUGGACAAAGAGAAGGACCUGGGCCUCGUCACCGAGAGGCUCAACAAGGCGGCCAAGGAGGCCGGAGCCCUCUGAGCCCCUCGAGGAUUGAGGAUUUCUCUGUGCAAUCUCCUCGAAAUGUAGCAAAUGCCGGCGGUGCUCUGGGUUCUGGGGUGGGCUGGAGGGAGGCUCAUCCUCAGGGAUGCCUUAAUUUAAUUAAUUCCUGUGGUGGGAUCCUUGAGGAGUGUAGGUCCCCGUGUCCUCGAGCAAUCCUGCGUCCUGGGGUGAUGAUGAAAACCUGAGGAACCUUUUCCUCUUCUUUCCUGUGCUCUCCUGAAGGUUCAAUGCAUGAGGGGUCUCCUGAAGGUUCCAUUUCAGAGGUUUCUUCCAUUAACUGGGCCCUGGUGGGGUGAAGGCAGAACAGGGCAGGCUGAGAGGGUGACAGAGGGGAAGGAGUGAGAGAAAAAGUCACAAAUUGAUGUUUUUGGAGCUUCGGGCCUCGUUCUGUUUUUAAGGGAGGGAAAAUGCAUCUUCCAGUCCUCGCUGGAAACAACUACAGGACUUGUCAAAACAAAUUUGUAUUAAAUGUUUUAAAUAUAGUUGACUCGUGUUAACCCA